UACAAAAAAAAAAAAAAAGGAAAAAGAAAAUCUGUCACACACAUGACAAAAACCAGAUACAAGAGUGGGUCAAGUCUUACCUCCUUACUUACCUGGGAUGAGUCCCAAAUUUUGCCACCGCCACCAUUUGACUUUGCCAUCCGCUGCUCUUCCUUAUACUCGGAGGCAAAAGGCGGUCAAAUUCAAAUGCCACUGCACCAAUAAUACCAUCAUCCACCACAAACAACCCAUAAAUAUGAUAUCUUUUUGUUGGUUUCACGCGCUUUCUUUUCAAGACUUUCAAAGUUCAUGCAUGCUCUAAUACAGCUGUGUUUGAAAUAUGAAUUCUUUUUCAAUUGUAUAAUAUAGUGUAACAAAGAAGGGCCAAAAAAAAAAAAAAAAAGAGAAAAGAAAGCAAGAAACUUUAUAUUAUAUAGUUUUUUCUUUAGAUCUUAAUAAUAAUAAUAAAGUAAUAUAAAAGAUACCAACUUUGAUUGGAUCUAAUCCACUAACUUCAAUGAAACAGAUCAUUAUUACAAUAACCCAGAUCCAGAACUUGUCUUGAAAAGCUGUUUUCUGUUUCUUUGGCGUCUGAGAAAUUUUUAGUCUUGACUCUUUAUUCAUAAAGAUCUUGGAAAUGAAAUGGCAGUGCUCGUUGUCUGCUUCAAGUUUCUCUGAUUGAGUAUUAGGUGGAUCUUUUACGACAAGCUUGGCAAUUCCAUAUUUGGAAAAGUUUCUUAGGAUUAUUUUUUUUGAGGUCCUAUAAAUGGAAAAUUCAAGAGGAAGGAGAGUGGAUAAAAGAGGUUAUGAGCAGAGUGUUGAAGAUGAAGAUAACCACUUGCCUGAUCCAAAAAAGGCAAAGAUGCCUGCUUUAGCAAGUGUGAUUGUGGAAGCUUUGAAGGUGGAUAGUUUGCAAAGGCUUUGCUCAUCUUUGGAGCCUUUGUUCCGCAGAAUUGUUAGUGAAGAAGUGGAGCGCGCUUUGACAAGAAUGGGCCAUGCUCAAUUGGCUGCAAUGUCACCACCAAAAAUACAAGGGCCAGAAGGAAAAAACCUACAGCUUCAUUUCAGAACAAGGAUGCCUCCUCAUCUAUUCACAGGCGGGAAGGUUGAGGGGGAACAAGGAGCAGCUAUCCAUGUUGUCCUGAUAGAUGCUAGCACAGGCAGUGUUGUGCAAACUGGACCAGAAUCAGGAGCCAAACUGAAUAUUGUGGUUCUUGAGGGUGAUUUCAAUGAGGAAGCCGAGGAAGAUUGGACCCUGGAACACUUUGAAAGCCAUGAAGUAAAGGAGCGAGAAGGGAAAAGGCCUCUACUGACUGGCGAUCUACAGGUGACUCUCAAGGAAGGGGUAGGAACUCUUGGUGAUCUUACUUUCACCGAUAAUUCUAGCUGGAUAAGGAGCAGAAAGUUCAGGCUUGGUCUUAAGGUUGUUCCUGGUUAUUGUGAAGGUAUCCGUGUUCGUGAGGCUAAAACAGAGGCAUUUGCUGUUAAAGAUCACAGAGGAGAAUUAUACAAGAAGCAUUAUCCGCCUGCUUUACAUGAUGAAGUUUGGAGAUUGGACAGAAUAGCCAAGGAUGGAGCUCUGCAUAAAAAAUUGGUGAAGGCUCAAAUUGUAACGGUCGAAGAUUUCCUUCGGCUUCUUGUCAGGGAUCCACAGAAGCUGAGAAAUAUCCUUGGAAGUGGAAUGUCCAAUAGGAUGUGGGAGAAUACUGUGGAGCAUGCUAAGACCUGCGUGUUGGGAGGGAGGCUUUAUGUUUACUACACAGAUGCAAUUCAUAGCACUGGUGUCGUUUUCAAUCAUAUUUAUGAACUCAGAGGCCUUAUAACCGAUGGACAAUUCUUCCCUUUGGAAUCUCUUACUCACAGUCAAAAGGUUUUAGUGGAUUCUUCGGUUAAGCGAGCGUAUGAAAACUGGCAUCAAGUCAUAGAGUAUGAUGGCAAAGUCCUGAACUCCCUAACUAAUGCUAAGAAUGGAAAAAGAGCUUUGGUUGCACCUAUAGUUGACAACUACGAGACAAAUCACUACAUUAGUUCUAACCAAAACAGGCAGCAGCCGUAUAUCUCAUCUGAACCAGGUCCACAAAGCCAAGCUGUAAAUAACCACCCAUCAGUUCCUCAGUUGAUUGAAUUCCCGUUUGUGAGGUCAGAUAAUAAUGCAAUCAUGACAGUAAAUAAUCCACAAGGAGGAUUAGCUGGAGGCAUGGAUCACAUGUCUGUUGGAACUCCUGGAGUUGGGGGUAGUUAUUUUUCAGGUGACUGGUCUCGGCCGAGAAAUGGGCAGGGAGUAGAAGACUUCUUCACUGAAGAAAUCCGUCUUAGGAGUUCAGAGAUGUUAGAGCACGAUGACAUGCAAAGACUGCUAAAAUCAUUUGGCAUUGGAAGUGGUUUUGGUCAUUCUGAUGAGGCAUGUUACUCUUACAGCAUUCAAGCAUAUGAGCCUCAGAUUGAUCAAGCAUACACACAGGGACGCGGAAGGGGAUCAGGGAAGGCUGUUGUGGGAUGGCUUAAGCUUAAAGCAGCUUUGCGGUGGGGGAUAUUUAUAAGGAAAAAAGCUGCAGAAAGAAGAGCUCAACUUGUUGAGCUUGAUUGAGUUGAAUGUUACAAUCUAAUUUAACCUGAAUUACUGAGGUUGUAUUUGUUUAGGUGCAUUUGGAUUCUUUAUAAAUGCUCCUUUUGACUGUUCAGAAGACGAGGAUGAAUCUUUCAAGUUAUGUAGAUGUAAAACUGAAAAAGAUAUUGUAUUAUUCCAAGUUUUUUGUUUCCUUGCCUACAUUUCCUCGUAGGCCAAGCAAAGCAAAGGUGAAGAACAAGAGCAAAGAAAGAAGUACUCCUUUUGCACCGA